CAACUAGCCGUUGGAGUCAGGGCAGCGGCGGCGGACGCGGCUGAAAGCUGUCGACCGUGCCGCGCCGCCCCCAACGGUCACUGGAGAGGAAGAAGAAACUCGCAUUUCCAUCCCCAGCCAAUUGUCGCUCGCCUUUAAAUCCUGCGCCCCACCGCCGCCUCCACUCCCACCGCUCUCUAUCCUCCCACUCAAAUACUCCUCAAUAGCCAUCGAGGAGAAGGGAGAUAGAAACGGGAGGGAACACCCACUCGAUCGUCAGCCAUGACCCGGGGAGAGAACCAGGAGUCGCAAACCGGUAACGUCCCCGCCGCAUCCGCGGCGGCGCCGGGGCCGAAGCCGGCGUCGGCGGGGGGCGGGAAAGGCGCGGAGGGCCAGUCGGUGGUGCGGCGGCUGCAGUCGGAGCUGAUGGCGCUGAUGAUGGGCGGCGACCCGGGCGUGUCGGCAUUUCCCGAGGGGGACAACAUGCUCCACUGGGUGGGCACCAUCGACGGCUCCGCCGGGACGGCCUACGAGGGCACCUCCUACCGCCUCGCGUUGGCCUUCACCGCCGAGUACCCGUACAAGCCGCCCAAGGUGCGGUUCGACACCCCCUGCUUCCACCCCAACGUCGACGUGCACGGCAACAUCUGCCUGGACAUCCUCCAGGACAAGUGGUCCUCCGCCUACGACGUGCGCACCAUCCUCCUCUCCAUCCAGAGCCUGCUUGGAGAGCCGAACAACGACUCGCCGCUCAACACUCAGGCGGCAGCGCUCUGGGCGAACCAGGAAGAGUUUAGGAAGAUGGUGGAGAAAAUCUACAAGCCCGCCGCGUAGAGGAGGAUGACAGCGCCUGGUGAAGAUGUGGGUUCUUCAAGCACUGAUUUCGCUUGGAUUGAUCGACAAGAGAUUAUAUUUGGAUGGUUUGGGUUCCCAGUCUGGUGCUGUAGCAGGAAGGAAUAUUUGGGUCGCCUAGAGCCUGGCGAUUCUGUAAUUGUUCUGAGUUCUAAAAUGUUCAGAUAUUCAUUUUUCCAUGAAUCGUUUUCGUC